UAAACUCACCGGCCAACAAGCCGGGUAAAAAGCUAGUCACUAAUAACCGUAGAUGUGUGGAAUUGGGCUUUAAAAAAUAGUGCCUCUCUCUCUGGGAACUUGCUUGCGUCCUGUUUGGAUGAAGGUAUGGGGAAGAAUGAAAGCAUCUACAUCAAGGUUGUUAAACCGGUUUAUGCCGGUGUGCCGGUUUUGUAAGUGGAAUGGUCCGACCUUGGUACAAUCAGUAUUCAUGUCGGUUGUGCCGGUUUUAAUAAAAUACAUGAGGAAAAUGGAAAUCCUCAAUUCCAAUAAAUUAGUCUAUAAAAAAGCAAUUAGAAGAAUUAUUUCACACAAAAUAAUUUAUAGCUAAGAAUUGGUAACUAAUACUAAACAAUUCGAUGCUUAAAAAUAAAAUUUUAUUAAAUGAAUUUUAUUAAUGUUUAUAAUGAUUUGUGUAAAAUUUAGUAUUAGAUAUAUAACAAAUAAGGUUAAUAUAAACAAUAAAAUUGCUUGUAGCCUACUGGUGUAUAAGUUAAAUUAAAAUGAACAUGAGGUACUUGGUUCAAAUCCUAUGGAUGAUGUUUAUUUUUGGAUAUAAUGUGUGUAACAUUAAAUUCCAUCUACACAAAACUAUAAGGGAAUGUCAAUAUAAAGGGGGACGGGAUACGGUGAGGGGUUGUCAGAUUGACAACCAAGAGUAUUUUGGGUAUGAAAAAAGGAAUAUAUUAAUUACCUUUUUUGUAUUAAUCAGAUUGGGAAUUAAAAACCCAUAUUAAAUACAAUUUUUUUGAAAUUUAAAUCCUAUACAUUAAUAUCUCUAUCUCUCUCCCUUCCUUUCUCCUGCGGUCACUCCGCUUCGAUGGACAAACUUUUUCUCUGACGAAUUCUCUCCGGCAGACUCCCUCCGGCAACCUGAAAAAAUGUACCAGUGCGUUAAAAAGUGUACCAAUCUAUUAGUCUAUUGGUAAUUAAUAUACCAGUACUAGUGGUACGCUACUAGUGCGUUAAAAAAUGUACCAGUGCUAGUGGUACGGUACAAUUACCACUUGUAGAGGUACCAUUAGCAGUACUAGUACAACUGGUAGCGGUACCAUUAGCAGUACCAGUACCACUGGUAGCGGUACCAGUACCAGUACCACUGGUAGCGGUACCAUUACCACUGGUAGCGUACCACUAGAGACUAGCACAAAAAAAAUCAGAUUUGAAAUAUGAAAAAUCACAAAUCUGAAAAAAAAUAGGGAUGACGAAAGGGGGAGGCAGGGGAGAGGCGGUGACCUCGUGGCGACGAUGGUGGUGGGAGACAGAGGGCGGCGGGAGGGUUGCGACGACGGUGGUGGUGGGAGGCCAUCGCGGCGGUGGUGGGAGGAGGAGGCCGCGAUGGCUACGGGGCGAGGGACGUGACAGUGCUGGGAGGCGGAGGGCGCGACGACGGGAGGGCUGUAGCAGUGAUGAGAGGCGGAGGGCGUGGCGGGUCGGCUGCGACGACGGUGGUGGCAGCCGAUAGAGAGAGGGAAGAGAUGGGAGGAAGAAGAAGAAGAAUAGGAAGAAGAAAGAUGGCGUGAGAGAGAGAGAGGAAAGAGAGAGUGUAGGGUUUUAUAUAUUAAUAGGGGUAAUAAUCUAGUGUGGUCAAUUUUUUUCGUCCAAAAAUACCCUUAAUCCAAUCUGUACCAUUGAUUUGAAAAAAGAAGAAAGAGACAAGAGAGAGAAUGGAUCCUGUGAUUAUAAAAUGGGUUGUCAAUC